CUUCCGCUUUGGUAGUAAUGGUCACACACGGGAAAUAGGAAGAUGUUGUUGGGGAAAAUGUUUCAUGCUUGGCUGGAAGAUAGGUUCCUUUGAUAGAAUAGCUUUGCUGCCUUCUUUGUCUUUCAGAAGGUGUGGGGAACGUCCAACAGCUUAGGCCUAAUCCUUUGAGAGCCCAAUAGAGACGACGAGGUCAAAGCAGCAUGGCAGGGAAACACAUCGGUAUAGCAGCAGCAAUAAUCUUUGCUGUUUUUUUAAAAGACUGUUUAGCAUUAGAAGAAACAGAAGGAAAAGAUAUCUACAUGCAAGCUGCAACAUGCCCACAUCGAUUUCAUAUGGGGUGCAUGCUUGACGUUUUAGAGAAAAGUUGUACAGGAAUCCAGGCUAUACAAAGUUGUCUUGAAAAGGGAAAGUGCAAAAAUAUUGAGGAAUUAACAAGAAUAAUUGGGGCUCUGCAACCAGAUAACUUCGAAGCUUUAAACAAAUGUUGCUGCCAUAAAGCAUUUCCCGAGGGUUACGAAGAUUGCAAGGACCCUAACCCAGUUUGCAAGAAGGCCAUCGCCAAUCACUUCAAUGAUGAUGAUUUGCAAAAGCAUUUGAAAUCUCUGAAAUCAUGCCGAAAGACGAAAAGGAAAGAAGCGUGCAAAGAGGCACUAGCAGCAGCAAAAUGGGUUAUGGAAGCUGUGCAAAAAGCUCGAGGUGAAUUAUGGCAAGUAGAAGGUUGCAAAAUUUUAGCACCGCCUGAGCCUAUUUCCACCUGUGGGUGGGAUGUGAAACCUGAACCCAGGGCUGUUGGAAGAGCUGAUCUGUAUUGUGAUACAAUAAUUUGGCAAUUCAAGGAAAUGGGAGCAAGUGAUCCUUUUAUGACUCAAUGUAAAGAUGCACCAAAGAUGCCAGUGCAGAAAGAAGAUCCAGGGCCAGACUCUGGUGACAUGGCAGAGGAGGGAGCUGAAGGUGAAGAAGAUGGAGAUGAAGAGCCGAAUGAAGGAGAUGAAGAAGAAAUGGAGGAAAGAGAAGAAGAAGGUGAAGAACCUUUGGACGGCAAAGAAAAAAAUGAUGAGGAAAGCCCUAGCGAAAAGGAAGGGGGACCUGAUGAGGCUGAAGAUGAUGGAUCAGAAGAAGGAGAAGGCAAGGAGGAUGAUGACAUGGAAGAAGAUGGCAGGGAAGGAAAGGAAGAGCAGAUGGAUGGGUCUGGAAAAAAAUCUUCAAAUAAGGAUGAGUUAUAGCUUUGUACAUUCCUCUGUACCUAUUAUAGAGAAAGUUUGAAGUUAUGAUAGAAAGAGAAUGGUUUAUUCUA